UUGAAGCUUAGUAAGUCUAAACUCGUAGUGUAUCCUAGUCAUUCUACGGAUUUUGAGGUGCAUAGGAACUGGCUUGCCAUAACAUACAGCACGAACGUAUCUGAGUGGUACAAUGAGGCUACUAGCCAGUGGACAUUGGACUAUCCGCCUCUGUUCGCUUACUUCGAGUGGGCUCUGGCGCAACUUGCCAGCAAAGUCGACCCAAAAAUUGUGCUUUUGUCUGCUGAACCAUACUCUUCAUUAGCUACAGUUUACUUUCAACGCAUAUCGGUUUUGCUCUCCGAAUGCAUCCUCUUUUAUUCAAUUUGUAGCUGUUUGGUUUCUUUAACAUUUUUUCGGGCUAAAGACAUCCACUUCCAAUAUAAUGGAUUUCUCUUUGGUAUUCUAUUCUUAUCCAUCCUCAAAGCCUUUCAGGGUAGCAUCCUCUGGAGUGGAUUUUGGUUUUCCAUUUUGCUAAACUUGAAGCACAUAUUUGUCUACAUCGCUCCCGUUUACUUUGUCUUUAUUCUGUUUCACUACUGCCUGAAAAGGGAGAAAGGUCGAUUCAAAGCUAUGCUCAGCCGUUUGUUUGCGAUUGCCGGUGUUGUUGGUAUUGUUUUCGCAGUCUCUUUGGCCCCUUUUAUUUAUUGGGGCAAAAUGGCAAAUUUGCUUGCGAGGUUGUUCCCAUUUAAACGCGGUUUGUGCCACUCCUACUGGGCUCCUAACUUUUGGGCUGUUUACAAUACUGUGGACAGGACCCUCACUUUGCCCAUCAAAUUCUGUUCACGACAGCCGACGGGAUCUUGGAACAAUGUAGUGCCAAUGACGAGUGGGCUGACGGGCAACUAUGAACACCUCUGCCUUCCUACCAUCCGACCUCUACACACAGCCGUGUUGACUGCUGUUUUCAUGAUUCCAAGUCUGGUACUAUGUAAGUACAAUAACGAAAGCAUGUGCCCAGUGGAUUCCGGUUUCUUGCUGCUUCGCUCCAUUGUUGCUGCAUCUUGGGCGUGCUUCCUCUUUGGCUGGCAUGUUCACGAAAAAGCUGUCCUAAUGAUAACUCUUCCACUAACUUUUUUGGCUGUGGCUUCACGGCGACUUCGAGGAAUUGCCUUUUAUGUCAAUACUGUUGCCCACUUCAGCCUCUUACCGUUGAUUUUUACCCCAAAUGAACAACCCAUUGUCCUGUCCUCCUAUCUGGUCUACUCACUAACUCAGUACCUCCUAUUGGGACGCUCGUCAAGUCCAGUCACCAGGGGCCUUCUAUUCACCUUCUGGCCUCAAUUGACUGGUCUAGCUCGAGUUCACCUGCUUGGAUUGAUUCCUCUUCUUCUUGUUAAUCGGGUCUUUCUUCCUCUUGUGUAUCCACACCUGGAAUUCCUGCCCUUAAUGCUGACCUCGGUAUACUGCGCUGUAGGCCUGUUGUUGGCAUUCCUCGUCUACGUAUGGAUCAAUUUUGUGUGGUUACGGGCAGAGAAAGAAACUGAGAUGGAGGAUGAGACUGAAAACUAUUUUUAUCAGGUGAAUGCUUCUUUCUUCAAGAAGAAUAAUUAG